AUGCAGUACCAGAUCCUCCUUGCAGCUUCUCUGGCUGCUGUCGCCCACGCGCAGACCAUUGUCACCUCGAGUGCAUCCUCGGUCGCAGCCUCUACCACUGUAUCGCAAGUGAUGCCUGCGGUGGCUACUGCUGCCUUCAACCCUGCUGGAAUUGAUUCCACGACUGCGUUCAACUGGUGCCAUGCUCAGCUGAACACUUGUCCCCAGAUCUGUGGUGGGUCUGCUUCUCAAAACCAGUGUGAUCAGACCACAUUCACCUACACCUGCGUUUGCGCCAACGGAACUGUGCCUGACUGCACUGCCUUUUCUGAGACUCUUCCAUUCUACAUCUGUCAAGAGACCUACAUCCAGUGCGUCAACAACAAUCCCAACGACGCCCAGGCACAGUCUGCAUGCAAAACCAAUGAGCAAUGUGGUACUCGCAAUGCCACCGCCGAAGCCAUUGCGCAAACAUCUGCUGCUUCUGCUUCAGUCACUUCCACCUCUUCUGCUCCUGCCUCGUCAGAGACCGCUUCUGCGACCGACACUGCCUCUGAGUCCGCUACCGCAUCGGCUUCUGGAUCCGACUCCUCUGCCACCGGUGGUGCUGCCAUGGGUGUCUCUCAACAGAUGACCACUGGUGUCUUUGCGGCUGUCCUCUUGGCGAUUUUCAAGGUGCUGGUCUAG